CCAGCUCAGAGGGGACCUCGCUCAUGGAGCGGUGACACACUUUCGUUUCCCAGCAUGCAUCAGGAGCUUUGGCUGAGGGCUCUUCUUGAUACCUGCGUGUGCAAUGAGAUCGGCCGCUGCACAAACACUCCCAACUAGACCGUCCGAACAAGAGCUCAAACAUGCUUUAUCCAACAGCCUCGCAGGACACAACCACGUCUCCAGCUCCAGCAGAGCAGCACAGUCCAGAGCAAAGACCACAGACACAUCUGAUUCUAGUUCUGUGCAUCAUCAUGGCGAUAAUCGAGAAAAUGCAGAUAAAUGUGAUAUUGCCGAGGGCGCCUGGAACCUGAACAACCCGGUGAAAGCCUCGAGGAGCCAUCAGGAGCUUCACAAAGAGCUGUUACUGGCCCACAAAAAAGGGCUGGUGGUGUGCUGUAAGCCGGAGCUUCAGAUGGUCCUGGAGAGGAGGAAGAGAGAGCAGAGUCAGAGAGAGGAGGGAGAGCAGAGCAGGAGUCCUCUGGAGCAGGUGCUGCAGGAACGCCAGCACAAACACCAGGAGAAGAUGAAGGAAGAGGAGCAGAGGAUGCAUGAGGAGGUGCAGCUCUUGGAGUUUGUCCGAGUGAGACAGAACCUGAGGAAAGUCCACACAGCUCUACAAAAGAACCUUCACUCCUGAAUCUGACGACUAAACACAUGCUUCAUUUGCAAAUAAAGUACACAGUGUUUCAUUAUA